AUCUCCCACAGUGUUGACGGUGAGCCUGGUGGGGCUGAGUACUGGCCGUUGUAUCCCGCCCUCAGCGAUCUCCCAAGGGCGUGUCUCCCUGGGCAGGGGCGGUUUUGUGGUCUCCUACUCCUGCAACGACGGCUACACCUUGGAAGGCACGCCCAUCGCUGUGUGUGUUGGCGGCAGGUGGUCUUCUGCAUCACCCACUUGUCUCCCUGAAGAGACAGCGGAGCCGACCAGACCGCCCAGACGACAGCGAGGACGUGGCCGACCCCGUCCCGCCCACAAGCGUGGUCGAUCCCGUGGGCGGCGACCUGACAGGGAGGAGAAGGCGCAGGAGAAGGAAGAGGUGCCAGUGGAGGAGGAAGAGGUGCCAGCGGAGGAGCAGGAGCAGCACGACCAACAGAUCGUCACUGCCUACAACAUUGUCGAGUCCUCCUCCACCAUCAUUGACAACCUCAAGGAAGCGAGGGUGAAGGGUGAGACUAAGAAUCCCCAAAGAGAAGAAACUAAGGUUGAGGAAGAGACCAACAACACCCUGGAAGAGAACACCGAGGAUGAGAGAGAAGAGGAAAGAUUGAGGAGACUACAGAUGAUAAGAGAGAGAAAGAGAAGAAGACAGGCGAGGAAACAAAAGAAGAAGGAUAAAAAGGGACGCAAAGGAAGAGGAAGAAAGUCGAAAAAUCAGCAAGAGUCACCAGGUUCAAGAGACGAGGACGGGGCUGACAACUCCACGUCCUCGACCACCCGGGAAGACGUGGACGGUGCCCCAGGCGAGACAGUCACUGUGACCACCAACGAGGAUGACGAUUCGGAGAGAUUAGACAGAAUCCAAAGAAGGAGAGAGAGGAAGAGGAGGAGGAAGGAGAGAAGACAAAGGAAAAAGGAUCGGAAUGGACAUAGAGGAAGAAGAAGGAAGACAGAAGAAGAGCAAGAGUCCACAAGUGUUGACAACUUGGACCGUUCAGUCAAUGAGGUGAACCAGGGUGAUGGUGCCACGGACAUCGCUGUCACGGUGGAGGAGCGACGGGUAGAGUUGGCCAGGAUCCUACAAGAGAGGAGGAAGAAGAGGAGAAGGAAGGAUCGAGGAAACAGGGAUCGUAAACAAGGAAGGAAAGGCGAUCGACAAGGGAAAAAGAGAAGAAAGGGCAGAAAAGACAAGAAAAAGAAUAACAGAAGUGAAGAAAACAGUCGCUUAGACAACGACCUGGAUAUAUGGAGCAAUAACACCGACAGGCCUGCCACUGUUGCCGAUCAAGAAGACGAUGAUAAUGAGAUCGCCAACGAGGUCCUUCCAAACCUGCACGAGGGACAAAAGAAAAAGAGAAAAAGAAAAGGAGGAAGAAAGCGUAGGCCAACUAGCAGUUCUGGCGAGAAUGAAUUUGGGUCAUCGGAUAACAACGAUGAUGAAACAAUUUCAGAGACCUCUUCUACAUCACCACCUACAACCACCACCACCACCACCACCACCACCACCACCACCACCACUACGACAGACACACCUCAGGUAUCUACCGGCUAUCCCAAAGACUCGUCCUACAGCGCCGUCGAGUCUCGGUAUACCAUAUAUGGACGUGAAGCGGAAGACACAAUUGUAAACUUCGUCCCUGAGUCACCGACUUCUGUUUACAGAGGAGGCGACCUCUUAAGCACUGCAGAAGAAGAUUUCCUCACAGAUUUCGAGAGGAGUGUAGAAGCCAUGUCGAGCGAACGAAAGAAGAAAAAGAAAAGUAAGAAGAAAGAUAAAGUUGUUAAAAAUACUGUGGAGCGCAGGGAAGACGCGGCUACAGAAUAUCCUACCUCGGACGACGACUAUACCUACCUGGACGAAGACACCUACAUUGAGAACCCCGAAAGUUACUCGAACGAGAUAAAAGACAAGAACGAGAAGGGUGAACUUCCCGAGGGCCUCCCUGAAGGUUAUCCAACAGACAGGUUCUUGGGCGAUGGAAAAAUAUCUCCGAAUACCAGGUUUAUUGAGACGGAGGACAUCAACUUCAACGAGCUGGACCAGUCCUGCGUUAUCUCUGAGACUGAUGCCCUCUAUCUCCAGCCUCCUAGGGUCAAGAACGCCCGCGUCACGGCUUUCCACGCUGUUACCAACCCAGCGCCUCCAAACAACAAAUAUGUGGAGGCGGUGUAUGAAUGCGAGUUCGGCUACAGACUGGGCGAGGAUUUCAGCAACAGAGUCUUCUGUAAGAGGGAUAAAUGGCUGGGAGUUCUCCCUACCUGUGUCGCUUACGCUCACCAGGCGACCAGCGGGGAGUGUGGCGCCGACAACGGUGGCUGUCAACAGAUCUGUGAGCCCACCAGCAACGGUAGUCAGUGCCUCUGUUACAAGGGCUUCACGCUCGCUGAAGACGGCUUUAACUGUCAAGACAUAGACGAGUGUGAGGUGAACAAUGGAGGCUGUGUGGGCACCUGCGUCAACAAGUUGGGUUCUCGCCAGUGCCGCUGCGGCAAGGGCUACAGCCUUGCUACUAAUGGCAAGACCUGUAUAGAUAAGAACGAGUGUCUGUUGAGGAAUGGCCAUGGACCCUGUCAAGACUCCUGCUAUAAUACAGACGGUGGUUACCUUUGCACCUGCGAUAACUUACCAGGGACACACCUGGGUAUUGACAACCACACCUGUGAUGAUGAAGAUGAGUGUGCUAUUAACAAUGGAGGCUGCUCACACAUCUGCCUCAACACCUUUGGUCAAAUUUUCUGCACUUGUCCAGAAGGCUUCAUGAUGGCCAUGGACUGGAAAACUUGUGAUGACAUCAAUGAGUGCCAUUAUGAAAAUGUGGCGAGCAAGUGUGAGUUCGGGUGCAUCAACACACCAGGUAGCUACUACUGUGCUGCGGCUGAGGAGCUGGUCCAAACUCCCCUCGAGUGUAUUUCUGGUUUCAUGCCGACUGAGGAUAACCUUAGCUGUAACGAUGUGAACGAAUGUGAAAAUGAUAACUUCGGGUGUUCUGACAUCUGUGUCAACACCCUUGGUAAAGCCUACUGUUCCUGCCCUCCUGGCUUUGACCUCGCCCAAGACAAGAAGACAUGCAAUGAUAUUGAUGAGUGUUCAGAGGACCACCAGUGCUCCCAUGGCUGUGACAACACGGAGGGCUCCUUCAUCUGUACCUGUCCUGGUGGUUUCAGCCUGGCAUCUGAUUUAAUUACUUGUGUAGACAUUGACGAGUGUUCAGCAGACCAUGAUUGCACUCACGGAUGUGAAAACACUCUGGGGUCCUUCGACUGUACCUGUCCUGAUGGCCAUAUACUCGCCCCUGAUAUGAUCACUUGUUUAGAUGCUGAUGAGUGUUCAGAGGACCAUGGGUGCUCCCAUGGUUGUGUUAACACUGAAGGUUCCUUCAUCUGUACCUGCCCUAAAGGCUUAAUGCUGGCACCUGAUCAAGUCUCCUGUGUUGAUACUGAUGAGUGUUCAGAAGAUGUCAAGUGUUCCCAUGGAUGUAACAACACAGAUGGAUCCUUCACUUGCACUUGCCCAAGUGGCUUGAUGUUGGCACCUGAUCGCAUCACUUGUAUUGAUAUAGAUGAAUGUGAGAAAAAUAAUGGUGGAUGUGAGCAGAUCUGUGAGAACCUUGAAGGAUCAUACUGGUGCAACUGUGACGAGGGUUACAUCAUGUCUACUAAUGACAGCUGCAUUGAUGAAGAUGAGUGUGCUGAGGACAAUGGUGGAUGCCAGCAGAUAUGCACAAAUGAGCAAGGGUCUUACUCAUGCUCAUGUUCACUGGGAUUUGUACUUGAACACAUAUAUGACUGCAAUGACAUAGAUGAAUGCAAGGACGACAACUUUGGAUGCUCUGAUAUCUGUAUCAAUACUUAUGGUGGUGCUUAUUGCUCCUGUCCCACUGGCUUCGUCCUCUCCCAAGACAACAAGACAUGCCAUGAUAUUGAUGAGUGUUUAGAUGGCAUCAGGUGUUCCCAUGGUUGUGAGAAUAUGAAUGGCUCUUUCACCUGCACCUGUCCCAAGGGCUUCACACUUUCACCUGAUAAAACAUCUUGUCUUGAUGUGAAUGAAUGUGCAACAGAUAAUGGUGGUUGUGAGCAGAUAUGUGAAAAUAUAGAAGGAUCAUUCUUCUGUGACUGUGAAGAAGGAUAUAUAAUUUCCACUAAUGGUAUGAAGUGUACAGAAGUUGACGAGUGUGCCGAGGACAAUGGUGGAUGUCAACAGGAGUGUAUAAAUGAAAAAGGAUCAUUCUCAUGUUCCUGCUUUUCUGGUUAUGAGUUGGAGGAUGACUUCCAUUGCAGUGACAUUGACGAAUGUCACCUCCAGCUGUCUGAGUGCCAGCAUGAAUGUCUCAACCUUCCUGGCAGUUACGACUGCCUCUGUCAUGAUGGUUUUGAGCUAGCUUUAGACAAUCGCACAUGUAUUGACAUUGAUGAGUGUGGAGCUGACAAUGGAUGCUCACAUUUCUGUACUAACUACAAUGGGUCAUAUGUUUGUCAUUGUCCACCUGGGUUAACACUUCAUGCUGAUGAACAUGCUUGCACAGAUAAUGAUGAGUGUCAAAAUGAAAAUGGUGGCUGUACACAUAUAUGCUCAAAUUUUGAUGGUGGAUAUGACUGCCUUUGCCCUGAAGGACUACAGCUUUUGAAAGAAGGAAGUGCCUUUGAGAAGCUGCAUGUUUGUGUAGAUGUAGAUGACUGUCUAAAUGACAAUGGGAAUUGCAGUCACCAGUGCCACAACUUUGAGGGUGGAUAUGAGUGCAAAUGCCCUGCAGGCUUUAAUUUCAAAGAAAAUGAUGAUGGAUCAGUAAAUCACUUUGAAUGUGUUGAUGUUGAUGAGUGCUCAUUGAAUAAUGGGGAGUGUAGCCAUUUGUGUGUUAAUAUUGAAGGUGGAGUAGAGUGUCAGUGUCCUAAUGGCAUGACUCUUCCAGAAACAGCAGAUAACUACACCAAGGGAUCUCAAUGUCAAGAUAUAGAUGAAUGCCUCAAAGACAAUGGUGGGUGCAGUCAUUUAUGCAUCAACCUUCCAGGUUCAUACGAAUGUAAGUGCCCUGAUGGCUGGCAACUUGAUACCCCUGAUGAUUAUUUUGACUAUAACAACGAUGAUAUAACCAACUUUGAAAUCUUCAAUGAUGUGAUUUGGAGGAAAUGUGUUGAUGUAAAUGAGUGUGGUGAGGACAAUGGAGGUUGUAGUCAUAUUUGUUAUAAUGACAAUGGAGGACACAAGUGCUCUUGUCCUCCAGGGUAUUGGCUAGGAAAAGAUAAUCUUACAUGUUGGGAUAUUAAUGAGUGUGAUGUUCAACUUGGUGGUUGUUCACAUGAAUGCAUUAACAUAGAUGGAUCAUUUAAAUGCUCUUGUCCCACUGGGUUUAAGUUGUUGGACAUCACAAGAUGCCUUGAUGUAGAUGAAUGUUUGAGUAAUAAUGGUGGAUGCUCACAUAAUUGUGUAAAUCAAAUAGGAAGUCAUCACUGUUCUUGUCCUCAAGGGCUGCUGCUAGAAGAUGAUAAUGUUACUUGUGUAGACUUCAAUGAAUGUGGUGAGGACAAUGGUGGUUGUUCACAUGACUGCCAUAAUCUCCAUGGCAGGUACAUAUGCAGCUGCCCCUCUGGCUUUGAACUUACACAAGAUGGCCAUAGCUGUAAGGAUGAGAAUGAGUGCAAGAUGGAUAAAGGUGGAUGUUCUCACAAAUGUGUAAAUAGAAAAGGUUCACACAGGUGCAAGUGUCCAUCUGGUCUCGUGUUGGCUGUAGACGGUCGUACUUGCCUCGACGUAGAUGAAUGUGGCACGAAGAAUGGUGGCUGCUCUCACCAGUGUGCCAACCAUGAAGGCCAUUAUACCUGUCUGUGUCCUACUGGUUUUAUCCUCGACUCAGAUCAGCACACUUGUAUAGACUUAAAUGAAUGUGAUAAUGAUAAUGGUGGCUGCAAUUACAAGUGUGUUAACUUGGAGGGAGGAUAUGAGUGCCACUGUUCACUGGGCAUGGAGCUUGGGAAGGAUGGGCACACUUGCCGUGACAUUGAUGAGUGCGCCGACAACAAUGGUGGCUGUAGAGGUCAUUGUCAUAACACAAGAGGCUCUUACAGGUGUGAGUGUCAGAUUGGUUAUCGGCUGGGGAUGGAUGGGAUCACUUGUGAGGACAUUGAUGAGUGUUCCCUUGCUAAUGCUGGCUGUUCUCAUGGCUGCACCAACACAGAAGGAUCCUUUAUUUGCAUGUGCCCAGAAGGAUAUCAGAUUUCAGAAGAUGCUUAUCGCUGUCUGGAUAUAAAUGAAUGCCUCAAUUCACCUUGUCAGCAUGAGUGCUUCAAUACCCCUGGGUCAUUCUACUGCUCUUGUAGACCUGGCUACAAACCAAGACCUGAUGCUGCUCACCAAUGCUGGGACAUUAAUGAGUGUGAUGAAGGCAAUGCUGGCUGUGCCCAGGACUGUUUCAACACUGUUGGGUCUUACUACUGCAGCUGUUCAAAAGACUAUGUCCUUAAUGAUGAUCAACACUCUUGUGACCACAAACCAGUGUUUUGCCCAGUAAUAGUUGCACCAUUACAUGGUGAUAUGAUGUGCUCAAGGAACUUGGUGGGAGGGGCAUAUCCUAUGGGCACCACAUGCACCUUCACCUGCUCCAAGGGUGCAGCUCUCCAUGGCAAUGCCAAUACAACUUGUCUUCAUACUGGUGCAUGGUCCACUAAUCCUGUUACAUGUCAGGCGGUGAAGUGCUCAAUGUUAGCAGAGGUUGAACAUGGUAGGGUGUCACCAAAGAGAUGUAUUCGACGCACAUCAGGCGUGGGCCAACACUGUUACCUAUCAUGCUCAACUGGUUAUCGUGUGGUCGGCAACCCUGUUCGUACUUGUCAGCCCAGCGGCUCAUGGUCACCAGAAGCUCCCAGCCCAUACUGUGAAAAAGAUACACUGAAGCCAUUUAUUCAGUGUCCAAGUGAUGUGACAGUGGAUCUUUCCCCUCACCAGAGCUUUGCCCAUGUCAGGCUCCCUCAACCCAAAGCCAACGUUGACUGGUUCAGAUAUGUCUCAGGAGUCGAGCAGAAGAGAGGGCAGGCCCAGGACAUCACAGAACCAAGGUAUGUAGAUGCAACUCCUGACUGGGCAAAGGAACUAGAGGAAGAUUUGCCCUCGGGAAAGACUACAGUGACAUUUGUUGCACGUUCUCCAGUCUCAGAUGAGUCUGCAACGUGCUCUUUCACAGUGGAAGUUAUAGAUAAGGAGGAUCCACAAGUAUUUGGUUGCCCCAAAUCAUUCACCGCUCAUAUAGCUGAAGGGGAAGUGAGCACAGAAGUUUCAUGGAAGGAGCCAGUCUUUAAGGAUAAUGUAGAAAUUGCUCAUCUCUGGAAAUCAUUGGAACCAGGUCGACAUCUGACAUCAGGGACAUAUCCAGUUCAUUAUGUUGCUAUGGAUCCUUACAGAAAUCGGGCCAAGUGUUCUUUUACCGUCACAGUUCAACCUCGGAACUCCCAGUCUGCACACCCACCAUUCCAGUCCAGCCAAGUUAUGGCUGUUUGCCCGGGUUUGAAUGGAGGGAAACCCAUUCUCAUGUAUGCUUGGCGUGUACCCCAGGGAUGUACCGUAGUGAGCAGCAACGGCAAUGUUCGCCAUGCCCAGUGGGAACAUACUCUUACAAAUACUCAAGUAAAUGGUGUGAACAGUGUGGUGAUGGGGGUACGACAGCCGAACCCGGGACCAACUCGCGCUCCCUCUGUCUUUACCCCGUUGGCCGUGCAACAAAAUCAACAUCAACAUUCUUCACACAGAUUGCACAACGAAAGAAAGCAUGGAAAUCGCGGGAAACAUUUUCGUGGACGUAAUCCUGUACGAGGAGACAUGGCUUCCAGUACCUAUCAGGACAGAACACCCAGUAGAACAUUGGGAAGUUUCUUUGAGCAUUUCCCAGUCUCUGCUCUCCGCCCAGGAACCACAUUAGCUAUUGCUCAUGCACAUGCACGAGGUCCUAAUGCUCAUGCGCAAGCUCAUGCACAGGCUAGAUUUCAUAACUUUGGAUGAUAAAUUUAUACCUGUAUUUUAAUAUAUUGAUUUGGGUUGUAAUCCUAGGAGGUUCAGAUACUAUUUUAUGAAUGUAAAUAUUAAGAAAAUAGUAGUGAUUUGAAUUAAUAGAAAUUGAGAAUGGAAAGAUUUGCCAUUCUCAGUAAAGGCUGUUAACAUUUUUAUUUUUAUAUAUAUUUGUGAAAGAUUCCUUUUUCAUAUAAGUUACUUGAUUCCUUUCUGUAGUUUUAAAAGAAUUGAGUAAUUAUAGUCAUAGCUAUAAGGUUUUGCUAACACUUGUGUUUCUUGUAUCUAACACAUGAAUCAGAGAAGUUUGAAUUUUGUAUGGAAAGUCUUGGCGAGUUCUGUGCUGUGGCAAAACUGUGAAUAAGUAAUUUUUCUUGUUAACUCUUGUACGUUUAUGAAACUAGUUCCCUAAGUUAUUUUAAAAGAUAACAAUUUCUUACACUGAAAGAUACUACGCUACAUGUUUUCUCAAGUGCCCUCUUACUGAGUAGAAAUUAUUAUCCUAUUAGUAUCAGAAUGACUUCCUUACAAUUCCUCUGUACUGUACUGUACUAAGAUAUUUGGCUCGAUAUCUGGGCCAGAGUUUGUUGCCCCUUUGGUGUGCAAGAUAAAACGAGGUUUUAAUGAUGAAGUUUAGAUUAUGAAAAAUUUCACUUGAUGUAUUACUUUAAAGUAUAUUUAUCACAAGCAUUUUUGCACAGGUUUCCAACCAAAAGAUCGUUUUACACAAAUUUAGUUUAGAUGCAGGGGGUAAAAGCUCCCCCAUCAUAGUUCUUAUGUUUAAGUUCCUCCUUCACAUUCUCUAUUUUACUGUAAAAGGACUCUCAUUGGUUAGUCAAUUAGACCUUGUAGUUCAUCAGUGACUGCCAAUAUAACCCAGGCCCCAGGGUGUUAUGUAUGGUUUACUGGUCCCCCACACCUCAGUUACCCUCCCCUCCUGCCUCUGGGGGGGGCCACCUGCCACCCCCAUCUCACUCCCCUGUCCUCAAUAUUUAUAUAUUUUCUCCAUGAAAUACAAUAUAAUUAGACUAAAUUCUACAAGUUUUAACACAUGUACCUGCACCAAUGCAAUUUGUGGAUCCACCUCUGGAAUUAGUAAAAACAAUCACAGACAACCAUUUUAUAGUGUUGUAUGCAGUCAUUAGUCCAAAUAGCUGUUAUGAAUACAGUAGAACGUCGAUUUAAAGCGAUUCAAUUUAAGAUUAUUGAUUUAAAGCAACACCCACAAUUAAGGACAAUGUUUUAAUUUAAAGUGAAUCUUUCCUAGUUUGCACGAGUCAAUC